AUGGUCUCCUUUGGCAGGUUUUACCUAUGGGCCAUUUGUCUGUUUGCACAGACCUCUGUUGCCCAGAACGCACCCGAAACUACAAAGGAAGCAAAGUUAUUACACGCUCGUGCAGAACUAAGCUACUGGCAAAAUUGGGCAUCAAUCGGAGGCACCUAUUACGGGCCUACAGUUGCCAGUCUUGGCGUUGUCGUGGCGGCUUAUAUCGCUACCAAGUCGAACUCCGAUAGCUGUUCAACAAAUAUUGAUAUCGUGGAAAAGUCCAGCAAGCGUGAUUACCGGGCGACCGAUGUCGAAGCGAUGACCAAUGGACUCGCAAACGAAGGGUACCUGCCGUUUGGUGAAUGGGUGGACUACAAAAAUGGCACUCAGACAUUUGAUGGGUAUUUCUCUAAUGGCGAGUUCCGCAUUGAGAACCCCUAUAUCCGUGGUAACUAUACUGGCGCUUUAUUUGCUGUCGAAGGUGGCUCGUCUGGUAAUCUUUACCAACGUACUAUUUGGUCCCAUAAAAAGUUCGCUCUUGAGUACCACUCGCACACUGGCACCUGCAAAACACGUUUGACCAAGAAACAACUCGAAAAGGCUGCGAAGGCACAAAUCGAGAAUAUGUCGGACUAUGAAUAUUCAUGCUGUUGCUGGACAUACACUGGUGGGCAUGGUUGGUACGGCGAGGUCAAGCUUAUGGACGUUGAUAGCGGUGAUGUCUUUUCUGGGUCCUGUUUCGAUAGGACAUGUAACGCUACUUGA